AUGGCUCGAUAUCACAGACGGCCAAAGGUCCCACGGCCAUCCUGCGAUUUGCCAAUGUUUGUCGACAGUAUCAAGCAGUUCACGAUAUUGCAAGGGCCCCGAGUGCAGCCCAACCUGCACAUUGAUGAGAAAGUGGACAAGACCGUGCAAAGAUGUGGGACACUCAAUUAUGAGAGAACCCUACUGGUUAAAAUCAUCCUUUUGAAUAUGUUGAUUGAUGUACAAGACUGCUACCCGAAAAUGUUUCGCGGUAGUGUGCAGCUUGACCUGGUGAGUGUGCAACGUGGUCGCCUUGUAUGCCUUAUCUUGGGAUACUUGCGAUGA